AUGCGCCCCUCGGCGGUUAACGUGCAGACGCGCGCCGUGGGUCUGCGAGAGCUCGAAUCCCAGCAACUGCCGCAGCACAUGCGACGCGAGAAUUGGAAUCCCUUCGAGACGACGCAGCAUGACGACGUGUCAUUCGAGGGAGUAGCGGUGCGAGUGGGCGUGGGGCGGCAGCAGCGGCGGUCGCUGCUGCGGCAGUGGUUCCGUGACGCUCCUGAUGGGCUCGUUUCGUCCUCCGUUGACCUACUCACUCAGGUCAACGCAGUCAACUCUCUCAACAAGGUCAACGCAGUCAACCGAGUUACACCAGUCAACGACUCGUUGACACCCUUGCAAUCAUGCGCAAAAGAAGCAGAAUCGGGUUCGAGGUGGGGCCUUGCAACCCGGGCCGCCGAGCAACUGACGACCACUCAAUCAGAGGCGGAGGUGGGGGAGGUGCAAGUGGGGGAGGUGUUGAGGCGGCCAGUGGAAGACAUUCGGCGGCAGUGGCUUUUGCUGAGGAAGGAGAUAGGCAGGGGGCAGUAUGGCGUGAUACGGAGAUGCGUGCAUCGCACCACUGGGGAGAUCGUUGCCUGCAAGAGCAUUCGAAAGUCCGCCAUUCAGAGCGCUGCUGACGUGGAGGCAGUGCGUAAUGAGGUGGCAUUCAUGGAAGAACUCGAGGGCCAUCCCAACAUUAUUCAGAUCAAGGAGGCUGCGGAGACGAACAAGCACGUGCACGUGGUGAUGGAGCUCUGUGAGGGGGGAGACCUGUUUGACCGCAUUGACUCCCACGGAAGGCUCUCGGAAGCUUCCGCGGCGCGCAUCUUCCGAUCGCUCAUGCUGGCCUUGCAGCACUGCCACUCGCAUGGCAUCGUGCACCGUGACGUCAAACCAGAAAACGUGCUUAUAUCGAGCAGUGCUUAUAACGCGGACGCCUCAGGAGCCGUGUUUAGCAUGUGUCCAGAGUCAACCGAAAGCGUCAAACUGAUUGACUUUGGAGUCGCGGUGAGAAUGGCUCCGGGUGUUGCUCUUUCGGAGGUGGUGGGCACGGCAGAGUACAUGGCUCCUGAGGUGUUUUCAGGGGCAUAUGGCUGUGAGUGCGACGUGUGGAGUGCCGGUGUUACGCUCUUCGUGAUGCUCUGUGGGCAGACUCCGUACCUGCGAGAUAGACCUGCCAAUUCCAGCAGCAGCUGCAGGAAAGGCAGUGGGGGUAGCAGCAGUGGGGAGGAGAGAGCAGCAGCUGAAGAGGGUGUGUGGCGGAGGGUGGUGGAGGCGAAGAGGAGGGGGUUCAGCCAUUGCCGGAGGUGGCAGGAGCUGUCGUCACCAGCCAAGCAUCUCAUCAUUCACAUGCUCUCUGCUCACCCCAGCACCCGAAUCACUGUGGACGAGAUUCUUGGUGAGUUGUAA